GAGGGUAUUGCGAAUCCAAAAUGGCAGACACAACAACGCACGUGUGCGGAAAGUCAACAAAAACAGACGCCAAAUUUUACAGCGAUGCAAAGGAAUACUGGGAUGGUUUACAACCAACAAUUGAUGCGAUGCUCGGUGGUUAUGCUAAAAUAUCCCCAACCGACAUUGAUGGGUCGAAGGCUUUUCUCCGACCAUAUCUGAAGAUCUCUGGUGGGAAGACGAACAGCAACCGUGCUCUUGACUGUGGUGCUGGUAUCGGGCGUAUCACAAAGAGGCUGCUGCUUCCAAUGUUUACAUCUGUUGACUUGGUUGAACUGAGCCAGAAGUUUGUUGACGCAGCUCCAAAGUUUAUAGGGGAGGAGUCAAAACGAGUGGGGAAGUUCAUCUGCAGUGGGCUGCAAGAUUUCACCCCAGAUAUCGGCCACUAUGAUGUCAUCUGGUGCCAGUGGGUUCUGGGUCAUCUCCGGGACGAUCAUCUCGUCAGCUUCUUCAGAAGUUGCAAACAAGGGUUAUCAGAAAAUGGAAUUAUGGUUGUGAAAGAAAAUGUGACCUCAACAAGAAAUUCUGACUUUGAUGAACUGGACAGCAGUUUCACAAGGCCGUUAGAUGUUUUAGUACAGCUUAUACAGAAUUCAGGACUGGUAAUUCUGAAACAACAAAAGCAGAAAGGAUUUCCGAAAGGAUUGUAUGAUGUAUAUAUGUUUGCAUUGAAGUGAUAAAACUGUUCAUAGUCAAAUCUGUCAUAAACCUAUUAUUUUUACAGAGAUUUGAUGCUAUGCAACUUAUCUGAUGAUGUUUACAGCUGUAGUUUGUCUGUCCUAUUUUGUUGAAUGCCAACUUUCAGAUCAGAUGAUCAUUGGAAUGGCACAGUAGUUCACGGUAAAGAUGUGUGCCCCAUAAUCUAAAGGACAACAAAGCCGUAAGCAUCCAUGACAUCUAUCACUUUGGGCAUUCAUGACACACUGGGUAGCAACUGAAAUAUUUUUCCAGCAAAAUGAAAAUUGUACUAACUUUUUCAAAGUAACCCCAGACAAUAUCAAGCCCUGUUUAUGAGACUAACAGUCUACUGGCUUGGCACUCCAUGUCAGUCUAUGUAUCUACCAGAUGUGUAUGGUAAAACUUCUUUACAGGGAGAUUGCAGUACAAGAUUCACAUGUAUAUCAUCUGUACCCUAUUAUGGUGCAAUGGAUUUUAACCAUACCCAGGAAUAGUACAAUGUAUUUGUAUUGACAGUACUCAGGUAUAGUACAAUGUAUUCACUGUACUCGCAUGUAGUACAAUGUAUAAAUAAUGUAGGACCUUUCCCCAUGUUAUUCACCAUUUAGGUAGUGAUUUCAAGAAUCUAUUUUCGGGGCCAGUCCCUGCCUGGUGUAGGCAGGUACCCAGUAAAACACAGCCCACCAAACUCGGUUUCACUUUAGUGAAUCUUGUGUAAUCUUAUUUUGUGUAAAGUGAAUGUCUCUUGUUCAUGUGAUUGUGACCUGUAUUCAUGUAUUCAAUGUUUAUACCAUAAACACAAUGAUAAAUAUCUAAAUAAUCAUGUAUUCUGAAAUAAAUAAAGUUUCAUUUCAAGAAGUUUACUGGAAGUGAAUAAAGAGA